CAGUUGACUGUUGUUGUGGGUCUGAUCCACGAGGUUUGCCGGAGCUAGGAUUCCGCUUUCGGGCUCCGUCUGGUCUCGAGGGUCGAACUAGUGUCAAGCGGAGGUCCACGUCCCAGACGGGCACGGCGAGUCUUGGGUUGCGAUGGACUUCCCCAGCUCCCUCCGUCCCACGUUGUUUAUGACUGGCCCCCUUGGCCUGAGCGAUGUCCCUGACAUGUCCUUCAUGUGCAGCUGGAGAGAUGCGCUCUCCCUGCCCCAGACCUCUGAGAAUGGGACGCCACCCGUGGCCAAGGGCCUGCUCUGGGAGCCAGACACCCCCGGGCCCCUUCCCUUGCUGCCUCCUGGUCCCGACCCCUGGGACCCCGGCCUGACUGCGCAGGAUCUGCUUUUCCGGUGCGGAACCAAGUUCCGGAGAGAGCCUGAAGCUGUGCUGGAUGUCACCGAACAGUUCAGCCGGUUCCUGUGGGACCAUGGGGACAUAGCCUUUGCGCCCCUGGGGAAACUGAUGCUGGAGAAUUUCAAACUGGAGGGCGCACGGAGCUACUCUAAGAAGAAGACAGUGGUCAGUGUGAAGAGGAUACUCCAGGACCUCGGUGGACACCAGCCCUGGGGGUGUCCCUGGGCUUACUUCAGCCACCGACAGCGCCGGUUCUCCAUCCUCGGGGACCCGAUCCUGGGCAGGUCAGUGUCGAACCUCCUGGGAGAGCUGCUGCAUGAGGAGCUGGUGAUGCGGUGGGAGCAGCUGCUCCUCGACGAUGCUUUCACCGGAGGCGCGUUGGCCUUGCUGCCUGGAAGGACGCCUCGGGUCAGGCAGCUGGUCUACCCUGCAGGAGGUGCUUUGGACAGGCUAUGUUUCCAAGAGGUCCGUCUGACCCCAGGGGGUAACCCUCGGAUCCUUGGGGACCCUGGCCACAUCCAGCUCCGGGGACCUGUCCGGCAGGUGGUGACCUGCACCGUACAGGGAGAAUCUCUGCUGGCUGUCCGCUCUGACUACCACUGUGCCCUGUGGAAGGUCAGUAAGCAGGGGCAGCCCUCCCCUCUCCGGGUGCUGCAAGUCGAGAAGGGGGCCACCGGGAUCAACCUCAGCCCUCACCUGCCCGGGGAGCUGGUUGUCUGCAGCCGUUCAGGAGCCAUCUGUCUGUGGACACCCCAAGAUGGGCUUCAGCAAAUCUACAAGGAUCCUGAGACCCUUGUGUUUCGCGACCCCUCUCCCUGGCGUUGGGCAGACUUCACGGCCCACCCUCGCGUGCUGACUGUGGGCGACCGCACUGGGGUGAAAAUGAUCGAUACUCAGGGCCCACCAGGCUGUGGUUUGCUGCUUUUCCGUGGGGGUGCAGAAGCGUCAUGCCAGAAGGGUGAACGUGUCCUGCUAAGCCAGUACCUGGGGGGUUGUGGCCCUGACUCUCUGCAGCCCACAGUCCAUCUCAUCUGCACCCAGUUCUCACUCUACCUGGUGGACGAACGCCUCCCCUUGGUGCCCCUGCUGAAGUGGGACCACGGCCUCCCCUCUGCUCCCCUCCUGGCCCAGCUGCUGCCUCCACCCCACCCCGGCUGCCCGAGGCCGCUGCUCCUCGGAGGUCAGGGCGGGCAGCUGCAGCUGCUGCACAUCGCAGGGGAGGGGGCCUCCACACCCCGGCUGGCAGGGCCCCCCCAGUCUAUCCCUUCCAGGAGCGACUCCCUCUCCGCAUUCCCCGUGCUAGAGCCCAAGAGUCAGCGGCGGCUGCAGGAACGUCUGCAGGCGCCAGCUAUAGGUCUGGUUGCCACCAUUGCACCCUCUGCCUCCACACCAGUCCUGUCACUCUUCCAGCUCUCGGCAGCUGGAGAUGUCUUCCACCAGCGCCUCCAUCUCCAGGAAGACUCCAGUUCCCCUGGCAACCCUGGGCCCAACUCCCAUGCCCCGAUGGCUUCCUGGAGCCCCCAGGCCUCCUCUUGCUGCCGCAGGUGGCUGAAAGCCCUCCUGGAGGUACCUCAGGUGCCCCCUGUGUGGGCCGCACCCACCUUUUCCCACCGCCACCUGCUAGGCCUCAAGGAGCAGCAGAAGGUUGAGGGGAAAGUGCCAGAGGGUCUCCGGGCGGCCAUGGCCGAGGGGCGGGUGCUGCAGCAGAGGGACCUGGGCUCACUCCCCACGGCAGAGCCACCCCCAGCCCCCGAGCCAUUCCCCAAGGAUGAGCUCAGCGAGAGGCUGGAGACAGCCUGGGAAGGCCCAGCGGCUGCCUGGUGGGAGCGGCAGCAGGACAGGGGCUUGGGGCCUGGGAAGCGACCCAAGCGACCCAAGCGUCGGACGCAGCUGUCUAGUACCUUCUCCUCGCUCAGCGGCCGUCUGGACCUCUCGGAUGCCACCAGCCCCCCUCGUAGCCCAGACCGGACGUCCCCUGUGUCUAGGCCUCAGCCCCCAGCGAGCUUGCCCUCCCAGGAGUUGACCCAGGAUCUGUGGGCCCGGGGCAUCCCGUCAGAACGGCAGCAGACCCUCCGGGACUAUAUGGCCACGCUCCCACUUCAAGGGGACACCCCAGAGGGUGCCUCCGUGCCCCCCUCCCAGACCUCCAGCGUCCAGGCCCCCCCCUCCAGGCAGCGGAUCCUCCGGGACUGCACAGCUGAGCAGCCACGCCAAAGGGACACCCCGAGAGGUGCCACUGUGCCCUCUUCCCAGGCCUCCAGCAUCCAGACCACCCCUUCCAGACAACAGGCCCUUCAGGACUGUGCAGCCCAGCUUUCACUCCGAAGGGACACGCUGGGGGGUGCCACUGUGCCCUCCUCCCAGACCUCUAGCAUCCGCACUACCCGCUCUGGGCAGCAGGCACCUGUCCUGUCCAGCUCUCAGCCACGCCGGAAGAAGCCCCGCAUGGGCUUCUGAGGGCCCAUGGAAGCUGCUCCCCCACCUUUGGGGAGCCCUUGGUCCCGGACCAGUUGUGCCUUCUGUGACUGACACUUGAGGAAUACAGAGGGAGCAGUCUCAGGGUGCAGACUUCUCUGCUUCCUAAAGGCCACUGUGGUUGGUGACAUCCCAAAAUGAUUUGGACCCAAGUCGGAGGAACAGGAACAACAAAACAGUAGUUUUUCCUGUAGUUUCUUUUGCCUGGAGAUACUUCCAAAGGCAGGUUGAUGGCAGCGCGCCAGCGGUCCGUCCUGAAGGCCUGUCCUCAGGGCUCUCUCCCGGAGGCAGUGCUGCGCUCGAAGCGGGGGCUCCUGUCAGGCUGUGCGCUCCAGCUCAUGCAAGCUGUGAACCCCAUGUCCCCAGUGACAGGGUAACAGCCAGCUCCUCACUGGUUGGUGACAGCAAAACAGAACACUGCAAGGAGCCGCUGGUGCCUGGCGGUGUUUGGUGGGCAUCAGCAGCUGCUGUGAGCUAGUUUGUGUAUCUUAAUUUCUACC